UCUUAUCCCUGGGCUCUUAACCUACAAAGUUGUGAUGUCUGUGCUUGAUUAAGCAGCUUGAGCUUUCUAUGCCGUCACACAUGGCUUUGCAUUGUGUGCAACUAUUCAGCAACAAUCAUGAGAAAAGAGAAGGAUCUCAAUGACCUCACAAGGGGCAUGAUAGUGGCCACAUGACCAAAGUAUCCAUCAGGACAGUCCCAGGUGUUCCUUGAAUGGCAGCAUUUGCAGAAAGCCACCAUCAGAAAGAAAGCACGACUCCAGUUGCAAGCAGGUCAUGACGGAUCAAGUGUGUGUACGUGUGCAACACAUUGUGACAAGCAACAGACGCCUCGUCCUAACACGAACAGAAAGAAGUGUGCUACACAUAUUGUAUGCGAUGUGGUUUAUGCAUGCACACUACCCUGGCAUAAAAUGUAUUUUAUGCUCGGAGCAGUAACUCCGCACCACUCAGAAUAAAGAAAAUAACAUUUGAAACUUGUUACCCUUUUGAUGAUAUGUAACAAAAAGUAAAUUUUCAUUCAGCAUUUUAAACAUACUGGACGUGGUUUGCUAAGUUUUCAGCUCACAAAGCUUGAGCUAUUUAAAUAUAUAUAUUUUUUAACUUUUCAAUGAAUUAAGAGUUUUGCACUUAUGUAACCCCAGGUGUUAUUUUCAUACUGUUUUCAAGGAGGAUCAACUGGAUGAUUCAGUUUUAUUAGUUACAUCAUAUUUUACAUUUUAAAUACAUUUGCAUGACCUGCGUGUCUAGUGUGCACGAAGCCCUAUAAAGAUUAACAUCCGCAUCCUUAGUCCAGACUCUGUCCACCUCUCAGCCGCUAUGAUUCUUUUGCAAUCAUCCCGAAAACUAUCUGCUUUGAAAGAUAUCCUUCUUCAACAGCUGCCACACUCAAUCGUGGUUUACGGGGCUGUUGCUCAAAUUCGCCAUGGUAACGCAUGUAAUCUUGAGGUGUGCGUGGAUUCUUGGCCUGCCUUCAAAACUGUAGUCUGUCGACGUCAAAGAAAGGCCAUACAAGAUCCUCAUAAUCCAUUUUCUAAUCUAUACACACUGUUCACCAAGGAUGUGGCCAGUCUGAGGACAAUGCUGAAGGACAAGACAGUAAUCAACUGGAAGCAACCCUGUCAUUUCCUAGCUUUUCCAAGCUCUCUCUUUGAUGCCGUCCAGGGAGAAAAACAGAAAAUAGAUCAUAUGAUUGAUCCCAGUUGCAUUUUAAUUCAUCAUGAUCCACAAAGUCUUCCAGAUGUGAGGACUGACGUGGCGCCAAGAAUAUCGAGCCUUAGAGUUACUCACGCUGAGAUAGUGAACCGAAGUGUGAAAUAUGGCGGUAGUGAACACAGCCUUAAUUAUAUAAAGACCUGCAUCCAGAACCUUCCAAGUUGCUGUAUCCUGGAUGAUAAUGGCAGCCCCAUCUCCUGGGCUCUGCUUGAUGAAAGCUGUGCCAUUCGAAUGGUAUUCACAUUACCUGAGUAUCGUAGGGUCGGUUACAUGAAGGUGGUCCUUGCUACACUUGCAAGGAAAGUACACAUGAUGGGCUUUCCAGUCCACCUCAGUGUUGAAGAAAAUAACACAGCCUCAUUACAUGCAUGUAAGAGUAUGGGCUUCACAUUAUAUCCAGAUUUAUAUUUAACGUUUAAACUAAUUCCAAGUAGUUUACCCUGAAGCAGUGCUGUGCAAGACAAUAUAAGAAGAUAUUGGAAAACAACAUUUUAUGUGUUUAAGUGAAUGUAACUUUUUUUUGGCAGAAUUGUUUAAAUGUACUGCAACAUGUGCACAUGCAUUACAAUCCAAUAAAGACAGUUUAGAGAUACAACUUGUUCCAUUAUUUAUGUUGCUAAAGAAUUUAUUUAAUAAAAGCCAGUGUGGGUGUGGGAAGCUAACAAAUGCUAUGUCAAAUAAAACAAAACAGUACGGAGUUAAUUCAGGAUAAGAAAAAAACGACAUUAUGAAACAAACAAAAACAAAGUAACUUGUCAGUGACUAAAUAUUUUACGGUAAAG